ACUUUAGUCUUGUAUACCGUGUUUUUCCAAUUUGAUCACGAAAAUACUCCGUUUUUUGAAUUGUUUUCAUUUUUCAUGAAUUAAAUAAGUAAUAUUCAGCAUCUGGAUUAUAAUCACGAAAAACUGUUCAAUUUAAUCAAAGCGAAUUAUGCUUCGAACACGAUUUACUUCUACGGUGAAGUUGCUGUGUAUGUCAGGGAAUGAAAUAAUUCCGUAUUAUGGCGCAACAAGAUUAUCCGCCCUCGACACUCCAUCAUUUGCUCUUCCGCCACAAACACGAUUUUUUCGUCUUGCUGUUCCAACUUACAAUGUGGUAUCACACGAUGUAGAGCCAAAUUUCUUCAUACGUCUGCUACGCAGAAUACCUCUACCCAGUAUUUCCAAAUAUAGACGAAGAGCGAUUGGCGCUUUAUUAUAUGAAGAUAUUGUACAUAAAAUCAACUACAUGGUCUUUUUUUCAGAUCUUAAAAUGCCGGACACAUUUUAUUCCUGGUUCGUUAUCACCGAAUUGCAUGUUUGGAUGCUGAUGGCAAGGUGUAUGGCGGAAGGACAACUUGGUCAAGAGCUGAGAAACUACAUAGUCGAAGCAAUGUGGGAUGACGUCAACGUCAGGAAGGACAAAUUGGGACAACCCAAUACGACUGCGUUGAGGAAUCAGUACAUAUUACUUUCGAAACAAUUUAAUGCUGCGAUCGUUGGCUACGACGAAGGGAUUAUGUCCGAUGAUAAAGUCCUUGCAGGAGCAUUGUGGCGUAGAUUUUAUCAAUGCGAAGGCAACGACCCAGAGGUGAUAGAAAAACUAGUCGCUUACGUGCGUAAACAGAUGAACGAAUUGGAUAAAACUCCUGGUGAAGACGUAAUGAACAUGAGAAAAAUAAACUGGCUCGAUUUUCGAAAUCUUUGAGGAAAACAUGUGGUUGUUUUUUUUUCGAAAACGGAUAGAAGAAAAUCACAUUGACCCUCGAGGUUCGGUGUCGUUGUUACGAUUGUGCACAAGAGAUUGCGGAGGCACUCUUCGUCGCAAUAUUCACUCGUAGACGAAUCAGCACGUUUGUAAAAAUGUCUGCAAAAUUAAAAGGAAAAAUCAUCAAUUUCUAAAAAUCAAA